CUAAUUUGGGAGGGCAGCAUUUGUAGAUUUCAGUUUUAUAACGUAGGAACCUUGAUACUUGUCAAGUUUCACUGAAAAGUAGAAUCUUCUGUUAAAUCUUUGUUAGAAAUCAGCUUGCUGUACUGGAAAAGAAAUAAACCCACUGUAAUGUUCUGCUUGAUAGCAAACAUGAAAAAAACAAAGUAAGUAAUUCUAUGUUGCAAUGCCAUAAAACGCCGGAAACUACUCAAAUGAUUUUUGUGAUCAGUUGUUUUAUUGUAAAUUGUUAUGGGAUUGAAAUCAACAUUUUAUUAUAGUACUCAAAACCAUGGUUUUGUGCGGUCCAGUUUAUUGCGUCAACAUAUUAUUCUUCUUAACAGUUUUGAUGUGUCCAAAGCCAUCACGUCUGGGUGCUCCGAUCGGCAAACAGCAAGAAUACUUUCACGCUGUCAGAAAAUCUUUGAACGAGGUUAAUGACCCAUCUGAUAUGAAGCUAGUUCCUGCUCACUGGUCCACUGACAUCAUCCAGAAUGAUCAGGGGGAUGAGAAGUUCCUAGGUGUCGACGACGAACCCGGUUUUGAUUUGUCUGAUGAAGAAAUUAGAAAGUUAAAAUUAUGGCCUAAAGGGGUUAUUCCCUAUUACAUCGAUGUCAUUUCUUUUAAUGACAAAGUACUCCGCGACAGAAUUCGUCUUUUCCUCAACGUGAUCAACAGUGUGACGCGAAUUAGUUUCCUGGAGAUGCCAAGUCCGCCGAAGGACGAGGUGACACGCUGGGUGUUCUUCGUUAACCGUCGAGGUCAACUGGGCUGUGGCGACCAUUCGAUCCUGAAUCUUACCAACGAAGGAGUUCAACCUGUCAUCUUGGGCUACGACUGCAUGUCUACGGGGGGCGAGCUGGCAGAAGCUGUGUUGUCGAUAGCUGGGAUCCCACCGCAGCACAACGCUCCGAAUCGUGACGAGUACAUCAAAGUGAUCGACGAUAAUAUCUUACCGGAGAAAAAGUAUUUGUUUCAAAAACUCAAUCACGAUCAGUGGUUGUUCUACAACAUCAAAUACGACUUUUCGAGUGCUGGGCAUUUCCAUUACCACAAACAUUCAGUAAAUGGACGAGCUACGAUCCUGACCCAGCCACUGUACAAUGGAAUAUCGAUGGGUGAGAACACCGGUUUUACAAUCAGCGAUAUAGUGAAACUAAGAAUGCUGUACAACUACAUUGUGAGGAAAAAAGUAAAUAUAGUGUCACAAUGUAACCGACUAUUUAUGCCAUCGUCGAUAGCAGGUUUUAAAAAAAGAAAACCGAAUUUUCUGGAUAAACUACCCAGAAACAAGCCACACCAAUACUUAGGACUUUCAAAAGAGCGUGCAGAAACCGACAACAGUCAAGGCAAAAACGCUAAUGAGGACACGGAAGAGAAUAGUCAUUACGAUGAGGAUUAUACUUAUGAAUCAGAUGAUGUAGGAAAAAAAAAUACAGUAAAUCCGGAACACGAAAAAUUGGGCAUUUCAAUUCUUUCGGACAUGCAUCCAAAAGAAAGAACUGAAAUUAUGGAAGAAAUAAUUAAAGUAGUUACAGAAAUAACGAAAGGGAUUCCAAAACUACUCCCCAUACGUCAGUAUUUUUCGAACAUAUUACAACAGUUCCCUUUCAAGGCAGACAAAUUGAAAGUAGAGCCCGGACAAAAAAAAAAUAACUACACUAUUCCAGUCGACAUUAAUUCUGAAGAAAAAAAUAAAAUGACGAAAGAAGUACUUAUAUUACUGAAGGAUUCACCAAAAUGGCUUUCCCAAUUACCAAAAACACAGCAUUAUUUGAAAAAAAUAUUAAAAUACCCUUCUAAGAAAGAGAUGUUCAUGAAACUUGAAAAACUAUCCAAAGGGGAUAUUGAUGUGGAAGCGAAAAUGAAAAUAAGGCCAAAUUUGUCUGACCUGUCAAAAACGUCUCAAGAGGUACAGAAACUACUUUUUCCACAGAUUUUUGUUUCGAUAGUUGCCGAUAUAGUUUUAACAAGAACGUUGAAAUAUAUAAAGAAAAAAUAUAGAGCCCACCAUCAUAAAUUUUAAUUUUUUGUUUAAGAAGCAAAGCAUUGAGCAUUAAGUACACAUGUUUACGACUUACUACGACUACGUUUUGUGGUUAGCAACCGCCCGGACCUUACAAAUGCGACUAUGGCGAUCCACAGGUACACAAGUCAGUGACCAAACCAUCGGAAAUCGUCUCCACGAAAAUAUUCAAUGCUCCAGAAUACGGGCAGUUCAAAUCAAACUAACCAGGGCUCAUCGAGCAGCACGUUUAAGGUUCGCUUGGGAGCAUUUGGUUUGGACUAAAGAGAAUUGGAGCACGGUACUCUUUACAGACGAAUGUAAGGUCAAGUUUUAUAGUGACGACAAACGAAUAUGCGAGUGGAGAAAACAAGGCAAACGAUUUACAGAACCUUGCAUCCAUGGAACAGAUCGUUUUGGGGGUCCAAGUGUUAUGGUCUGGGAAGGAAUUAGCUUAUCGGGCAGAGCAGAGCUUGUAAUUCUUGAGGGAGGGUCUGUAACGACCACGUUGAGCGAGUCAUCCAACCUCACGUCAUCCCAUUUUCACAAAGUGGGUGUUUGUUUUGUGUUAAUGCAAGAUACUGCUUAUCCCCAUACGCCUCGCAUUACACAAAGAGCACGUUCUGAAGCCAAUAUUUCCGUUUUGCUAUAGCCUGCAAUGAGCCCCGAUCUCAAUCCGAUUGAACAUUUAUGGAAUGAACUGAAAUCAAGCCUCGAAGAAAGUUAUAGUCAGUUGAAUAGUCAACAGGAGCUCAUAAACACGCUAAAACUCUAUUGGGAACGAAUACCAGAGCAAAAUGUUACCCAUUAGAUUGAAAGUGUACCAGAUAGGCUCAGAGAGUGCAUCCAGAGUAGAGGACGCCCCACUCGUAAAUAAGAAAGCAUUGCUCUAGAAUUAUAUGCAAAAAACAUGUUAGGUUAAGUUUACUGUGCUCAUUAUUUUAUCGCAAUUUCCCUAAAA